UCUUGAUGAUAUUAUUUUUGCUGUCUUUAUCGUACGCAUAACAGAUGUGGAGUUCUGCUCAGUUCUAUUUUGAUUUCAAGUUGUUUUGGGACGCAUCAAAUUGAAUUUAUUCCUCUAGCAUUAUUAACUGAUAAAUAUCAGCCCCAAUUCAUAUUGUUGUCGGAUUGAAAAGUCAAAAUGAUAGAGAGGAUGGCUGUACAUGGACUAUCAUGCCUAGUAGUUCCUAACUCCCUCCCCUUAGGGUAGAAAUUAUAAAAAAAGACCCCCCCUCCCCUUGCCGUUCCUUAUGAGGAGAAGGGAAGAUUCAAGGGCAGAUUAACUGCUGAUGAUGAUCCAUGUUCCCGAAUGCAAGGUUACUUUUACCUAUACUUUCAUCUAGUCUACCUUCAUUGGAAAAACUUGAGUUGUGCCCAAAGUGACCUCCUGGGGUAACUUUCUAAGAAAAACAUAUCGAACAAAUCUUCUGUCUUCCUUCACUAAUAGCCAUGCUCACAAGGCUAAGAUAAGAGUUAUUUUGAAUAUUAGUGGUACGUCGUAGAAGGAUGAUGAUGGGAAUAAUGAAGACGAUAAUGCCGGUCAUGAGGAUGUAGAACGGGCUCUUGAGGGAAGGGUUGGGGGGGGUACUUGCCUUCCCCCAAGAAUCAGAGGGGUGUUGGCCAGAUAUCCACUGACGAUGAGGACAACGAUAAUUCAGUUUCCGUUUCUUUCUUUCUUGUAGCGACAUGUAGGAGAAGAGUCAGUUCAGUCGGUCUUGCAGUCAUUCAUUUCUCGAAUUGAUGCCAUGAAAAAACAAGUGCAACAACAGGAUAAAACACUAAGCACUCAAAACAAGGAAAUAAGAGAUUUGAACUGGUAUCUCAGACGAAAGGGUACUAAGGAAAGACUUGGGGAGAUAGAAAGAGAUGUGGAUCACCAAACACUGAUACUCAAACAUGCUGUUGACAUCAAGUCAUUGAAACAAUUCAAAACUUCAGUCGAUAAAUUCGAAAAAAGAACUAAAGCCUUAUCUGCUGGCGUCCAAGAACGCAAGAAAAUCAUUGAUGAAAUUUAUUCCCGAAUCUUUCUUCAAGACGGGAAGAUUGUUUGUCGUAACACCUUCACCUCCUGGCAAAAGCAGGCAAAUUACAAGAUCGGAGCAUUGGAUAAACAUUAUAUCGAGUGCAGGGAUGACGAACUUCUGCAGCGGUUUCUUUUAGAAAGAAAAGAUGGCGAGCUCGAUUCUGUGGUGCGCUUUAAAUAUAGAUGUUGUCGGUUUAAUGUCAAAGACAAGUGGAAGAAAGCACCGAAGAAAAUGGCGAAUCAAUGAUAAAACACUAAAUAUCUCGAAUUCUGUUCUAGCCUUCUCUUUAAAGAUUUUCUCKCAGUUAUUUCGACAUGGAAUAUUAUGGAAAAAUAUAAUAUAUAUUUUAAACAUGCCUUUUUUCAACGUCAAAACUAUCUAGAAAAUAGAAAGCCAUGGUUUUUAACGAUUUUUAACGGGUCGAUUCUAGAUGUUUCCAUAAACAUAUGAUUCUGCGCGAUACGUGCAUAUGCGUUAUUUAACACCGAGGUAGAACAGCAAUAAUAUAGAGACAAUUUCUGCUUGUAGGUUAAUUUUAGCUUUUUUUUCUUUUAGCUUUCACGGCUCGUUUCUCCAAACAAUUCUUUAUCAAGAAAAAUAUUUCUUCCGAUUUCCGUAUCAACUUUUAUAUCAUAGGAUUUCCCAUUUUUCUUCCUUCCAAGCAAGAUUUUAUUUUUAGCUCCUGAUCUAACCUUGUAAUCAUUUGCCCAAGCUAUUUUUAAUUCCUUGUAAAGGGAGUUGAUUUAGUUCUUGUUGAUUAGUUCAUCAAGAUAUUGUGUUAUUAUUAUUGUUCCAGUUAGCUAUACUAAUCUUUUUUAGUGUUUCCUGUCAAACAUCCCUCCAAUUCCCACGCUUUCACCUUACCUUUUAUUUCUACUGAACGUUCACUUUGAUAUAUAUUUCGAAAAGACCUUGAAUCCGAGUCGCACAAAAAUAGUUAAAUCACAAGGCAAAAUCGAAAUUAUGAGACUAAUGUUAUAAUAAUAAAUAAAAAUAAAAAUAAAAGGGAUUUAGCAGUGGCAUUUCUACAGAGUAGCUAUUCAUCCACUGUAAUUCCAAUUGGAAUUUAGGAGUUGAUUUUUUCGGAGGGAGGAAAGCCGGGGAACCCGGAAAACCCUCGAAGCACAGGAGAGAACUAACAAACAACUCUACUCUUAUAAGUCAUUUUUAGACAUGCAAAAUCCUUCGUCAAGCUYUAAUCAAAAAUAUAAGUUGUGGAAUUAUAAAUUUGACCGAAAAUAUUGAAUAUUGAACCUUGUAGUAAAAUAUAUUGAUCAAAGGUUUUGUUCAUAUUUUUCCGGCUUUUUCUUCUUCUUUUCUCUUUUCUUUUCCCUUGAAAUAGUUUGCCUCUCUACUCAGUUCAUCUCCCACCAAAACUCCCAAAUUCCACUGAAGGAAAAAAGGAAAAUUAUGUUCCCAAAGGCGAAACAAUGAAAUCCUCCUCCCAUAAAUCUUCAAUUUUAUGCAAUUUUGAAAAAUUGACAUCGAAUCAAAUCUCAAACCUUAACUAACUUUGUUAAGGUAAUGGUAUUUUUAUCUUGUUUUUACAAAAAUUUUCCUUAUAUUUUCGCUUCGAUUUUUUCUUGUCGAAAAAAAUGAUCUCCGCUUUAUAAUUUAGUAACAUUAUAAUUUCCACAAACAUAUUCUUUUAACUGGCUUGCUUGAUGGUAUACAAGUAGUAUUAUAUUUAUAUGAACUGUCCUUCGUUAUUCGUUACUUAGUGUAUUUUUCUGAUUGAUUAAACCAAAAAAAAACACUAAUUUGUCUGUCUUUGCGGACUUUUUUAAUUAGACUAUAGCUUAUAUAAUUUUCAUAGUUUUUACUUAUCUUACUUUAUUCAGUAUAUUGUGUUAAUAUCUAUACAUUGUUUGCGAGGCUCAGCCAGAAUCUGUACUGUUCAACAAUCGGCAUAGUUUACAAUAAAGGACUGAACACUUGUGAA